CAGGCACAAGUUACAACAUGCACCACCGUACCGUACCUGUCCUGCCUGUGUACACACAUACGCCCGUUCUGGUCCUACAAAAGCGGGUGUAUGUCCGACCGGACUUGACUGGCGAGAACUUGGCCCAAAGAGAGGUCUCAUGACCUCGCUCUCGUCACGCUAAAUUUAAACAGAAUGCUGCCAUCAAGCAGCCGCCGGGUCGUUGGCCGUAUUUCAAUACGUGCAACCGCCGCUGCGCAGCAGCAGCAGCGGGAGCAACAAAUACGGAACUUAUCUAACGAUAAUGCUGCCAUGAUGAUAAUCUGUCUGAUCGUGAUCCAGAACUCUUCUUGGUGGUGCAGUGCAGUAUUGCGAAUGGAAUUACUCAGCGCAAAAAGUCAUAAUAUACGUGUACCUGAUUCGAUAUUCAGAACUCAGACCAAACCCGAAUGCUUCGGCGGCAAACCCAACUCAAAGACACCAGAGACAGCACUGAACCUGAACCCGACGCUUUCCAAAAACAAACCAGAUCACGAGACAUUGGCAUGUAGCAGCAUUCAGGGCAAUCCUGGUGGUAAAAAAGAAGCUCACUUUUGGACAACCAUCCUUGGUAUAAUGUGCCACGUGAGCUGCUCCCCUCCGCAACUUGGAACCUCGGCACGGACCAGUUCCCGGGAUCAGGAAUUCUGGGUUCGGGACCAAUGUUUGAGGGUACUACAGUUCGACAAGGUAAAGCGUUGGGACGUGGAUCCGGCAGUAAGAUGUGGAGAAGACGGAGAACGGGGGGGGGGGGGGGGGGGGGAUAGCGGUGUCGAUAAGUAUCGAUCGGUUCGCGGGGUUCAACAUGUCCGUGCCGUGGAUUGCCGUCGACUAAAACCGACGAUAGCGGCUUCCAUCACCCGAACCCAUUCGGCCUCGGCGUCGGACUUGCGCUUCCAAGACGGACUAUGGAUCGAUAUCACCGGUCGUGGCAUUCCACGUCCCUGUCAUCCGUCCAAAAUUUUGCGAUCAAAUCCUGCUGCACCUCACCUGCCCUCUUGCUGUUGUGCAACAGUCUCGCACAAGAAGCGAGUGAGAUGGUCCGCCAAAAACCCCCUAUUAGCUGAAUGGAACCAGGCAUGGUUGGUGGGAAAUGCACCUCAAUCUCGAAGCGGAAACAAGGUCGAAACCGGUGAAGGUGAGGAGAGGAAACUGUGGUUUCUCAAAAAAGGGUUUCAGCUCACGCUCGCUAGAGUCGCCAAACUUGAACGAACGGAGCCGAAAAAACAACCUAAGCAAGCGGCACAGCGGGGCAGAUCAUCCGACAUGGGUUGAGGAAGAGCAACGAACGUCGUGGGAAUCGCUUAUUACGCUUAGAACCCACUCACACUCGCAUAGGUUCCGACAAGGGGGCUCUUAGACCAGGGGAAAGAAAAAAAUCGAAAAAAUAUCAAAUAACAUACGCUAUAUUAGCAACGCGCACCAAAAUACAAUACACUACCAGAACAUUGCGGCUACCAGAAAUACAACACAAUAGCACUACUAUUCUGCUAUAGAAAUUAAUACAAAUUUAAUUGCGAAUAGAAGAUAUU